AAUACAUAAUCUUCUUUCUUUCCUCUUCUUCUUUAUCAGUUUUUCUCUUUCACCCUUCACUUAUUAUUAUCAUCUCUCUCCCUCCCUCUCUCUCUCUCUCUCUCUCUCUCAUUCUUGAUUUUCUUAGUUCAUGACAAACAUGGCUGCUGCUGUAAGUGCUGCAGUCUCACUGCCUUCCUCCAAGUCUACUUCUCUUGCAUCUAGAACCUCCAUUAUUUCUCCAGAAAGAAUCAAUUUCAACAAGGUGCCUUUGUACAACAGGAAUGUCUCGUUGGCCGGUAACAAGGUGGUCCCAAUCAGAGCCCAGGUAGCCACAGAGGCGCCUGCUAAGGUGGAGAAGGAGCACAAGAAACAGGAAGAAGGGGUAGUUGUCAACGUAUUCAAGCCUAAGGACCCAUACAUUGGCAGGUGCCUUCUUAACACCAAGAUUACCGGCGAUGAUGCCCCUGGUGAAACCUGGCACAUGGUCUUCAGUACUGAGGGGAAGCUCCCAUACAGAGAAGGGCAAUCAAUUGGGGUGAUCGCUGAUGGCGAAGACAAGAAUGGGAAGCCUCACAAGCUGAGACUGUACUCAAUUGCAAGCAGUGCCAUUGGUGACUUUGGAGACUCCAAGACUGUUUCUUUGUGCGUUAAAAGGCUUGUCUACCAAAACGAACAAGGGGAGACAGUUAAAGGAGUUUGCUCAAACUUUUUGUGUGACUUGAAACCGGGUGAUCCAGUGAAGAUAACAGGACCUGUGGGAAAAGAGAUGCUCAUGCCGACAGACCCUAAUGCUACCAUUAUAAUGCUUGCAACUGGAACUGGGAUCGCUCCUUUCCGUUCAUUCUUGUGGAAAAUGUUCUUUGAGAAGCACGAUGACUACAAGUUCAAUGGUUUAGCAUGGCUAUUCUUGGGUGUUCCCACAAGCAGCUCACUACUCUACAAAGAGGAAUUCGAGAAAAUGAAGGAGAGACAUGGAGAUAGCUUCAAUCUGGACUUUGCCAUUAGCAGAGAACAAACCAACGCCCAAGGGGACAAGAUGUACAUCCAGACUCGGAUGGCUGAGUACAAGGUCGAGCUGUGGGACCUGUUCAAGAAACCGAACACUUUCGUCUACAUGUGUGGGCUGAAGGGCAUGGAAAAGGGAAUCGACGAGAUAAUGAUCCCCAUUGCUGCUGAAGAAGGAAUCGACUGGAUAGAGUACAAGAAGCGGAUGAAGAGAGAUGAAAGAUGGAAUGUGGAAGUUUACUGAUUCUUGCUCAAUGUUCUUGUACAAAUAUCAGCCACCAUCAUCAUUUUCUCUGUGCUGAUGUAGAUAGGUAACUUUCUCUUGUAAUAUGUUUUGAAACUUUGUCUUCGUUCCCAUCAUCUGAAACAGUUUCCUGCUACUGCUCCUCCCAUGUUAAAAAUUUUAAGGCCAUGGUUCAGAGAAAAAAGGUUAAUAGUGAAGCAAAUUUUUGUCAAGUA